AGCACAAUAUACCACUAGAGAAAAUGCCUAACUUAAUCAAAAUAAAGAAAAACGCAGAAGAAGACUAAUGGAGUUUAACUUUUGACACUGGUAAACAGGUGAUUAGUUUUAGAUAAGUUUUGCUGUGGUGGUUAGUAUUGACGGUGAGAUCAAUAAAAAAAUGUUUUCAGUUGUGAAAAUGUUCGUUAUAACUUUAUAAGUUUUUAAAAGAUGGAGGAAACAAUGACUACUUCCCAGGGUGGCGAAUCUGAUAUGGAUUGUUCAGAUAAUGAAUUUUAUGAUGAUUAUUAUAAUACCAAUGACGAUAUUGAUAUAGAACAAGUUGACCCGAGAAAAAUUGAUCCUGAAUAUUUUGAAUUUAGCUGUCUCUUGGAAGAACAGGUGGAUAGACUUCUCAAUGAAACGGUUGAGACCUUAAGUAACAAUUUACAAAUAUCGCCUUCACUUGCAAAAGUUUUGUUACAUAACAAUCAAUGGAAUAUUAUUGAGGUAACUAAAAUAUUCAAUGAAAACCCUACACAAACAUUAAUUGCAGCUAGAAUUGAACCUCCCACAUCACCAAAUAGUAUACUUUUAACUAGAUAUGUCAAUUGCCCAGUUUGUGUAACAGUUCAACCCUUGGACAAAUUCUACAGUUUAUCUUGUGCACAUAUGUUUUGUAAAGAUUGUUGGAUCAUGCAUUUUGAAGUACAAAUCAAUCAAGGCAUUUCCACAGGAAUAGCAUGUAUGGCUAGAGAUUGUGUGGUAUUAGCCCCAGAAGAUUUUGUGUUAAAGCACCUACACCUACCAAGUAUGAGAGAAAAAUAUCAACAGUUCUCAUUCCAAGAUUAUGUAAAAUCACAUCCUCAGUUGAGAUUUUGUCCAGGUCCCAAUUGUUCCAUUGUAGUACACAGUAAAGAAGUCAAAGCUAAAAGGGCAAAUUGCAAUAAAUGUAAAACAAUAUUUUGUUUCAAAUGUGGAUGUGACUACCAUGCACCCACGGACUGUCUAGUGAUCAAGAAAUGGCUGACCAAAUGUGCCGAUGAUAGUGAGACUGCUAACUAUAUAAGUGCACAUACUAAAGACUGUCCUAAGUGCCACAUCUGUAUAGAGAAAAAUGGGGGCUGCAAUCACAUGCAGUGCUAUAAUUGUAAACAUGAUUUUUGUUGGAUGUGUUUGGGAGAUUGGAAGUCACAUGGGUCUGAAUAUUAUGAAUGUUCCAGGUAUAGAGAAAAUCCUAAUAUAGCUCAUGAAUCUGUGCAUGCACAGGCAAGAGAAGCAUUAAAAAAAUAUUUACAUUAUUAUGAAAGGUGGGAAAAUCAUUCUAAAUCACUAAAACUAGAAGAACAGACUCUAGAAAAAAUGAGAUCACGUAUAAAUCAAAAAGUAAUGUCGGGGCUGGGCACAUGGAUUGACUGGCAAUACUUGUUCACUGCAGCCAAUCUUUUAGCUAAGUGCCGAUAUACUUUGCAGUACACGUAUCCAUAUGCAUAUUAUAUGGACACCGGAUCGCGUAAGGAACUCUUUGAAUAUCAACAAGCCCAACUGGAAGCAGAAAUAGAAAAUCUAUCAUGGAAAAUCGAAAGAGCAGAAACAACAGAUCGAGGAGAUCUGGAAAACCAAAUGGAUAUUGCUGAAAAACGACGUACUACCCUUUUAAAAGACUUUUUAGAUGUGUGAUAUUUAUCAUAGGUGUAUCUAACUUAUUUAUUUUCAAUAUCCGCAGUGCUGCCAAUGUUAACACAGCUCAUAAUCUCAAAAAUUAGACUGUGAUGAAAACACCAGCUAAAUUAUAAUUAUUUAAUUAUAGCUUUCUGAAAUUGAGUGAUAGGGUAUGUCUAAAAUUUACUAUUUCAUUUAAAAACUUUGAAACAUUUGAAUUGAAUGUGAAUUUAUAGUUCAACUCAUAGUGACUGGUUUUCUUGUUAUAUUACUCGAUGCAUAAAAAAGUCAUAUUGAAUAUUAAUUUUAUUGUAUGGAUAUAAAAGAUAGGUUUUUUCACAAUAACUAGAAUUUUUAUAUCUUUCCUAACGUUGGAGAAUCCACACCUGUCUGUAUCACUGGAAAAAUAGUGAUGAAACACACAAGAAAUAUGUUUGUCAAAGAGAACUUGAGUAAUGUCAACUAGUGUGCUUGUACAGGUAGCGUUACUUUUUAUUUGAGGUUGGAUUUAUUAGCAUUCCAGACUUGUUUCAACUAUUAUCAACACAUACAUCAGAAAUUAUCAAAAAUAAAUUAUUAUGAAGUUAUGAUAUGGUUAAUUCUAAUAGUAGAUAGAAUUAUACUAUAAUUCACCAUCAUUAAUAUGCCUUGAAAGUAUUCAAUUUUCCUUUAUAAUGCAUUAUAACUACAAGUUAAUAAAAAGUAAGUAAAAGAAA